GACAUCUCUUACGCGUCGUUUGGUCUAACCCGUGAACAACGUCUUUGAGGCCAACGAUCAAACAAAGCCGCUACGGAAAAGUAGAAAGCGAGAACAACGUGAUCAUCAUGUGGUUCCUGAGGAGACUCACUGUCUUCAGUUCGAUGACUAUCGCUAUAUAUGCCCAGGAGCAAUGCGGUCAGAGCCCAUAUAGUGACGUCGAAGUGGAGCGAAUCGUAGGCGGUCAAGAGGCCAGUGCCGGCGAAUGGCCAUGGCAGGUUUCCCUUCGGCGCGCUGGUCGUGAUGGUCGAACUCGUCACUUCUGCGGCGGAGCACUUUUGUCGGAUCGAUGGAUGGCUACUGCUGCUCACUGUGUUGUUAACAACUACGGCGCAGUCGUUUCACCUGCCUCAACAAUAAAAGUUCGUGUGGGGGAACACGAUCAGAACGUCCUCGAAAACCAGGAAAUUCAGGUUGAUGCUGGCAGUAUUUUCAAGUAUCCCAGUUACCAAGGAUAUAAUUAUGACGUCGCUCUUAUUAAGCUAUCUAAAAGGGUUCGACUAUCUCCUCGAGUGAAACCAGUGUGCUUGCCUAACACUAGCGAUGAUUUUGAGGGCUCCACUUGUGUUUCUACUGGUUGGGGGGCUACGACAUCGGGUGGAGGAGCUCCCUCAUCGGUGCUCCGAAAGGUGUCAGUGCCUGUAUAUAACAACAACGUUUGUUCCGGGCCGUAUCUGAACAAGUUCCGCAUCACAAUUCAACCAUGGCACCUUUGCGCCGGUGCUCUCGAAGGCGGACGGGGCUCUUGCUAUGGUGAUUCCGGUGGGCCGUUCCAGUGCCGCAAGUCCGAUGGCCAGUGGUAUUUAGCCGGAUUGGUAUCGUUUGGUUCGGGUUGCGCUCACACUGGAUACCCGGAUGUCUACGCUCGCGUAACGCACUUUCUAGACUGGAUCAGAACUACCAUGUCACAAAACUAGAUAGAGGAAGCUAAAGGCAAUUGAUUGAACACCAUAGCUGAGCUCGCACCAAUAUCAAUGCGAGGUUUCUGCUCUUGGAUAGACCAUCGAGGUGAAGAGGCGUAGCUUGAUACUUUACUACGCACAAAAAACAAUGGAGCCCGGGGCUAGGUAUGAUGGGCUUCGAAUAUAACGUCGAUUGUUUAUUAACAAAAAUAAAUAACAUAUUUAUUUAGGACAAAAUACAACGUGCGGGCCCAUGUAGUUAGAUAUACAAUUGUCUAAAUGUAUGCUAUUUAUUUGGUGUCUUAUAAUAAAAAACAUUUUAAAUGCAAAAAC